AUGGGUCCGCGCCGAAGACGCAAGACCGACACCCCGAGGAGGCGCGAGCCGAGCCCGAGCCCCCGCACCCGGCGGCGAGACACGCGUCCAGCACCCACCCAUCAUCGAAGAGCCCGCCUCCGUGUCCUGAGGGAGAUCCGCGCCCUCCAGAAAAGCACGGACCUGUUGUUACGGAAGCUUCCCUUCAGCCGACUGGUCAGAGAGAUAUGUGGGAAGUUCACCCGGGGCAUGGACUUUAAUUGGCAGGCCCACGCGCUGUUGGCCUUACAGGAGGCAGCCGAAGCAUUUCUGGUUCACCUCUUCGAGGACGCCUACCUCCUGACCCUCCACGCGGGCCGGGUCACCCUCUUCCCCAAGGACAUCCAGCUGGCCCGGAGGAUCCGCGGCAUCGAGGCGGGGCUCGGCUGA